GCUUAAAUCCGCACCCUGCGUUACUUUAUCGCAUUCAUUGAAUCUUCCCCGUCUCAGAGCAGCAGCAGCGAGCGUUUACAGCAAUGGCCAAUUACAUUCACGUUCCAGAAGGCGCGCCUGCGGUUCCUAAAUUAGAUGUGACUCUAGAUGAGCACGAUUACAGAGCCGGAGCGCUGAAACUCAUCAAGACGCUGAGACCCCACUGGAAACCCUCUGAGGUCAAAAUGAAGUCUUUUACCGACGGCAUCACAAACAAGCUGAUUGGCUGUUACGCCGGCGGGUCCAUGCAGGACGUGGUCCUGGUUCGGGUCUAUGGGUACAAGACAGAACUGUUUGUGGACCGUGAGAACGAAGUGAAGAGCUUCCGUGUCCUGCAGGCACACCGAUGUGCUCCACGCCUGUACUGCACCUUCAGCAAUGGCCUGUGUUAUGAGUUCCUGCAGGGUGGCCUGGAGCCCGAGCACAUCCGCAGCCCUGCCAUGUUCAGGCACAUUGCGAGGCAGAUGGCAAAGUACCAUGCCAUACAUGCCCACAACGGCUGGGUGCCCCAAUCAGACCUCUGGCUGAAGAUGAGCAAGUUCUUUUCUCUUGUUCCUACACACUUUGUCGACCCUGAGAAGGACCAGAGGCUGAACAGUGAGGUGCCCAGCGGCGCGUGUCUUAGAGACGAGAUGAUCUGGCUUCAGCAGAACCUUUCUAAACUGGGUUCCCCAGUCGUUCUGUGUCACAACGACCUGCUCUGUAAGAACAUCAUCUACAACCAACAGGAAGGAAAUGUCAAAUUCAUUGACUACGAAUAUGCUGGGUACAAUUAUCAAGCCUUUGACAUUGGGAAUCACUUCAAUGAAUUUGCAGGUCUGAAUGAGGUGGACUACACUCUGUAUCCUGGGCGAGAGCUCCAGUUGCAGUGGCUCCGGGCCUAUCUGGAGGCCUACAAGGAGUACAAAUCACAGGGCACACGGGUCUCCAACACUGAAGUGGAGGUGCUGUACGUGCAAGUGAACCGCUUCGCCUUGGCAUCUCAUUUCUUUUGGGGACUGUGGGCAUUGAUCCAAGCUCAGUACUCCACCAUUGACUUUGACUUCUUGGGAUACGCAGUUCUCCGUUUCAGCCAGUACUUCAAGAUGAAACCAGAGGUGACGUCACUGCACCUUCCAGAAUAAUCUGUCAGGUUUUGGCUUGCGCUACUCCAGAGAAGGGCUCCCCCUGGUGGACACAGGAACUAGCUGGAGCCCUCUUCAGUUUGUAGACUGAACACUGCACUUACUUGUCUGAACACAUCAUUUUAGAUAAGCCCCAAAUCACCUCUGAACUCAAAGCAGGUUUAGCGUUGUAGAAAACCAAGCACCUAAGCCCUCCUCCUCGCUUUUAUGUGGCGGUCGAGAGAGAGGCUCACCCCAGUGCCCUAGUCCAUUUUCAGUGAAGUGAAAUUGCCAAUUGAGGAAGCAAACAACUCAUAUAGAUGGCUUACUUUAGAGCCUCGACUUGCCAUUGUAUGUGAAGAGCGAGCCCUGGAGAAUCUCAAAUUAAGAAAAGCUCCCCAGAUACCGAUCCUCCAAGGACAGGGAACCUCUGACAACAAUUAUUAUCUGAAGACAGAGAGGAGGGCCGCUAGGUCUGUUUCCAGCAACUAACUAUCAUCCUAAAGGUCAUUCCUGCUUGUUUACACAACUUUUAAUGGGAGAAAUCAGUGUACUGUAAGAUAAGGUAGGCUUUACUGUAUGGAUAGUCACUGAUUCUGUCUAAACAGUGAACUUUGGGCCUGUCAGUUCCUACGAGGGUUGUUCCUGGCACAGCUGCAUUAAGAUGUGUAAUUCAGGGACCAAUAGAAGCUUCGUUGUUCGUUUCUGGCAGACGAUUCCUCCCCCGUCCUGUCACUGUGAACCACUGUAUAGCCCAUUCAUUAAGUUUCUCAUUGUUUUCUCAGCGUGGUGCUUGGAGAAAGUAGACGCACAGUAGCCGUGGCUACAACGAGCCGGUAGCUAAUCUGAAGCCCACACCAAAGUGCUGAUAUUUCUUGCUUGUACAUUAUGCACAGUGUAUUUUUUCAUGGUAGAAAUAACGUGGUAAUAUUGACAUUUCGAACGGUGGUUUUUGUACUUAUUUAAAUGGCGCUGUCAAAGAGGUCACUCUUGAGACGUGCGCUUUUUCUGGGAGGUAUCAGUGAACUUUUUGUAAUGGAUGUAUUUCCUGGAAGCCUUAACGAUGGUAUCACCUGCUGGACGCACUAAAGCUUUUGUAUUCGUAACCCUCAUCCGCAUAGCUAAAUUACAGGCCUUUUUGCACAAACUCUGAUUGCUUUAAGAACAAAAUCAGUGCUCACUUCACCUCGCAAUGGGCCGCUCUUUCUGCUUAUGACUAGUUUUAACUGCACAUGGAUGGGAGAUUUUGGUAAUGUUUUAUUUUGCAGGGUCCCUGUUACUAAAUUAACUGCUAUAGGAAAAACUAUUUAUGUGUAACCAAGUUACACAGUAAUGGCGUUGUAGUUUAUUAAUCAGAUUACUUACUCGGAACCAAGGUCAGAAGUGAAUCUGGACUUUGAAGUGGACAAAAAUGCCCUAGAAAUGUUAAAUGUAAGGGCAAAUAAUGUCCUUGUGUAAAUUAUAUAUAUAUUUUUAUCUGUUAUACCACUGUUCAGAAGUUUGGAGUCAAUUAGAUUUUAUUUUAUUUAUUUAUUUUUGAAAGAAAUGUAUACUUUUAUUCAGUUCUUUUCUUUUUAUUCAUCAAAGAAUCCUGAAGAAGUAUCACAGUUUCCACAAAACAUAUUAAGCUUUACAACUGGGUUUAAUAUUAAUAAUAAGAAGAAAUGUUUUUUUGAGCACCAAAUUAUUAUAUUAGAUUUGCUUCUGAAGGACCAUGUGACACUGAAGACUGAAGUAAUGGCUGCUUUGCCAUAAAAAAAACUUUUUAUUUUUUAUUUUAUUUGUUUUUUUAAAAGGCUGAUCUAAUUUUGUGUUUAGACACCAUAGUUACCACUUAAAUAACCUGAUUCAUUUAAAUUGAGAUAGAGAACAAGAUAUAAUAUGCCACUGAAAUCAAUUCCACUGAAAUCAGUGUUGCUCAGUACACAUGAGCAAUGUAUUAUAAAGUGUGACCAAGAUGUUUUAGUUUUUUUUUCCAAGAAGUUUCUGGUGCAAACCUCAGCUCUUGAGACUUGCCUUCGCACCGCCUGGCUACCCUCAUUUACCUCAAUUUCCUGUGUCAGUUUGCCUAUACUACAAACAACCAUAUACAAUUCUGUAAAUACUAGAAACUGUGAAUUUCUGGUUGUUUUAUUGUAUUUUGACGUAUGCUUCUUUUUCUAUGCCAGUUCUUUUGUAACUGUCAAGCUUGCACCUUGAUCACGUUUUUGAACUGUCAAAGACCACACAGAAUGCUACAUUUUAUUUUUUCCUUUUUUUUUUUUUUCUUUUACACCAGAAAUGUUCAUCAAACAAUAGUAGUGGAAAAUGUAUCUCUUUUAACAGUCUGUGAAGAUUAACUGAUUUCUUUGCACUCUUAGCAUUUAUAUAAACCCGAAAGUGAUGGGUGGUUCCAGCUUUCAACCAAUGAAGUGCUUCUGGUGAACAUAAGAUGUACAGAACUGCCUCAUGCAAGCAUCUACUGGCGGUUUUUAGUGUAGGUGUAUAUAUACAACUGUAAACAAACUGUAAAAGAAAAUCUUUGCUUAUUAUUAAACAAUGCCUGUUGUCAGUAACUAAACAGAGAUAUUCUUUUUCUAAGAAGAACUGUUAGAUUUAAUAAUAAUCUGGGGAUGAAAUCCUGAAGUGUUGCAUUGUAGAUUCUGUAUCAAAUCCUUUGAAUAGAAAUAAAAUGAAACAAAUAAUA